CCUGCACACCAAAGACAUGGUCUAAAAUGGUGGGCUGGCAGCUGUGCUCUAAUGCCUCCUACCCUUUAUCUGCUGGUGGUGUUUCUGUUCCCCCCUCUGGACCGCUCCACUUCUCCCUCAGGCUGCUGAAGCUCGACAGGGGCCUCCAUUAUUAUCUACUGGAAGCUGCAUAUUCACUGCUUCCACAGAGAGGGACUUGGAUCCCCAGAGAAGCCUCCCUCCACCUCCUCCUGUCCACUCCUCAGUCCACCGUCCCCAGAGAUAUGUCUGUGGACUUGGCCUUCAACCCUCACAGACUGCUGCUGAGGGUCAGCCAUCCUCUGAAAACCAUCCACAUACAAGGACAACUUGAGCAAGAGAGGAAUAUAAAGACAGGGAAGCUGGAGCUCUUGAUUGACAGUGCUCAUUUUUACAUCAUGGGUUUGGUUGACACGCAGAUGAUUGCAUCAGAGCAGAGGACACGCUACCAUAUUGAAGCCAAAAUGGCCGCUAAUGGACCUCCCAUGAUCCUCUCUGCUAAUGUUACCCGUGGACUGGGCAGGAAGACCAGCUUUUCUGCAUCUGUGAAGAAUGUGUUUAAAGACACUGCAUCACUUUCUGUUGCUCUGGAGCGAAGGCGGGACAGCAGCAGCAGGCAGUACUCUGUGGAGGCGGAGCUUCUCUUACCUGGCGUGGUCGGCAGCAGGAUGUUGGGACUGAUGGAGCAGAAGGGCUCAGUGUGGAGCUCCGCCCUCAGGCUUAAAUAUGGUCUGGGAGGCGAUGCGCGGCACUUGCGUCAGGAAUGCUACACGUCUCAGAGACUGAGGACUGAGAAAGACUCAAACCUCACCUAUGUCAUGAGAGCAGAUCAUGAAUUCUACUGCUCCAACACGGCACCGAUCAACCACAAGAUCCACCUGAGACACGAGGAGAGCCCCAGUCACAUUAAAUCCUCUCUGGAUGUGAGCUACGGCAAACACUGGGAUGAGAUCAACAACAAACGGACGCUGCUCCUGAGCCAGUCGUUCAGAAACCAGUCGACGCAGAAUCACACUAGCUACACACUGGAGUUCAGUUUGCAGGUUCCAGAAAAGAAUCUAAACUACAGGACCCAGCUUAUGCACUCUCAUCUGAAACAACAGGGGUCUGAGAGCAGCACUCACCUCAAAAUCAACUACAACGACCUGAUGCCUCUGGUGGCUGGAGUCCACUGGAAAAGUUCUCCACACAACGUCCCGCAGAAGAAAUGGGAAGAGCUGACGACCAGCAAGUGGCUGACCAUCCGUAAACCUCAUCCUGGAGGGUUUCUACAGAGACAGAGGCAGAGAGAAGGAGGCCCGUCUGGAGCUCUACACACCAGCUGUCACUUAUCUCCAAUCUGGCUGAACCCUCCUCCACAGGCAGGUGGAUGGAGCAUGGUGGGCGAAGCGAAGUGUGAAGGCCUCUUGUUCUUACGCUCUUUGUGGACCCCUCCUAUGGGAGCAGACGUGUCUCUGGAGGCCUCUAAGUUCAGCCACACCUGCAGAUGGCCUCCAGCUACGGCAAACACAACGUGA